AUGAACGCCUCGGCGGCGUUGGGGGUGGACGAGGGCGAGGGGUUCUGGUGGCUCGCUGCGAUCCUGCGUGCGGUGCCCUGGUACUACAUGGCGUUGGGCAGCAGCGCCUUCUUCUUCUUUUGGGAGAGCUACCUCGAUCUGCGCCAAAUUCGGCACCUGCUCAGCGCAGAACGCCGCAUGCCGCCCGUGCUACGCGAAUGGGUGGGCAUCAUGCGGCACAUCUACAACCGGAUGGAGGCGACGAUGGAGUUCAUCGCCGAGUGCCUGGUACUGUCAUCCCAUCUGCUCGUCGGGUUCUGGACGCUCUCGCGGGACCUGCUCGACGGGCUGGGCUUCGGUAUCGAGUACCGGGUAACGCGCGGCAUGGUGUUCAUCAUCCUGGUCUCGCUGGCGAGCUCGCUCGUGCGUGUCCCGUUCCACCUCUUCCGCAUCCUCUGCGUCGACACCCACUUUGAGAUGAGGAGCGCCGCCUCGAUCCUGGACCUGUGGUUCUGGGAGCAGAUGAAGAUGUUUGUGCUGUCGCUUCUCUUUGGUAUUCCGCUCCUCUCGGCCUAUCUCGUGCUCCUCAGCUGGGACCUGCCCUACUACUGGCUCUACAGCUGCGUCUACGUGGCAAUCCUGGCUAUCUUCUUUACCGACAUCUACCAUCUCAUCGCUCCGGCCUUUGACAACUACAAGCCGCUGCCCGAGGGUCCGCUCAAGACCGAGAUCGAGAAGCUCACCCGGAAGCUCAACUUCCCGCUCGCCAACAUUCUCGUCGUCGAGAAGUACAAGCAGGAGUACCGCUCCACCGUCCACUCCAACGCAUUCCUGGUCGGGUUCAGGUUCUCGAAGAGCAUCGUGCUGUACGACUCGCUGAUCAAGCAGCUCAAGGAGCCCGAGAUCUGCGCCAUCAUCGCCCACGAGAUCGGACACCACAAAUUUUACCACACGUACAAGAUGCUGUUUAUGCAGCUGUUCAGUAUGGGCUGCUUCAUCUUCUUGUUCGCGCACAUCGUCAAGAUGCCCCAAUUCUACCGCUCAUUCGGCUUCCUCUCCGUCGACGCGAGCAUCGGGCUGGUCCUGUUCUCGUACAUCUACUCCGCCUUUGCCAACCUCGGCCACUGGCUCACCAACUACGUCAACCGAAGUAUGGAGUAUGCGGCGGACGAGUACGCGGUGGCGAACGGGAUGCGGAAGCUGGAGAGCGCGCUGAUCAAGAUCCACGCCAACAACCUCACCAACCUCAUGCCGGACCCGUGGUACGCCCACUACCACUACUCCCACCCGUCCCUCGCCGAACGCCUCGCCCACAUCCAGCACCUCAAGCUCCAGCAACAGCCACCACCACCUUCAUCAUCACCAUCUUCAUCUUCUUCUUCUUCAACCACGGUUCGACAAGAAGGCCAAGAAGAAAACAAGAAGGAGAGGUGA